GAAAAGAAGAAGCAACUUCUAACCACAAAUUGUCAAAUUUAUAUUUUUUCUUGUGAUUUUUUUUUCUGUCCUUUUUAUUCACGAAGGACACGAAGUUUAUAAAACUAAGUUUAUUCAGCAUAAUUUUUAAUAUUGUUUAAAAUGACUAAAUAUGUUAAAUAUGCAGAUUUAGUCAAACAAACUACAGAAUACGCUCGUCGUAUGAAUCGCCUCAGUAAUCGAAUUUUUGGAGAAGUUGUUAGACCAACAAAUAGUAAAUCCAUGAAAGUAGUUCAACUUUAUAAAGAAGAACCAAUAAAUUUGAGAAAAGAUGUUCAUGCUUAUUAUCCAAGACAUAUUGAAACUGGCAAAUUAAUGAUGAAAUUGCGAUACUACGGAUUAUACCGGGAUGAGCACGAAGACUUUAAAGAUGAAAUGAAGCGCAUGCGAGCACUAAGGGGGAAAGUAAAACCCGAGCGGAAAUUAAAAAGUUGAGAGCUGGCUAACUUGAUUUAAGUUCAUAUAGUCAAUUGUGUUUUUGUAUAUUAGAUGUCUUUAAAUACAUACUGAGUUAUUUAUGGUUUAUUUAUAAAUAUAAAAUAAGAAAUUACAAAAUGCUUUUUAGAGGAGUUUUUUGGUAAAAUUAAAAUUAUAUCACUUGGACACUUCACAUAUUAUAGUUCUUAAUUA